CAGCGCUGGGGGAGGCGCGGCGCGGCGCGGCGGCGACUCGAGAGCCGGGCACCGUCAGAUGGCUCAGAGCAUGGACAGCCUGGACAGCCUGGACCUGUCUUCUGGGUUAAUCAUUGAAUUUUCUGAUAAUGGCACGGAUGAGAGUGGUUCAGGUGACUAUGGAGACUAUGAAGAGCCAUGCUUUCAGCAUGAAAAUGCUGAUUUCAACCGGAUCUUCUUGCCAACAAUCUACUCCAUCAUCUUCCUGACAGGAAUAAUCGGCAAUGGAUUGGUUAUUAUUGUUAUGGGCUACCAGAAGAAACAAAGAAGCAUGACUGACAAAUACAGGCUGCACCUUUCUGUGGCUGACCUCCUUUUCGUCAUCACCUUGCCAUUUUGGUCUGUGGAUGCAGCCAUAAGCUGGUACUUUGGGAAUGUUCUGUGUAAGGCAGUUCAUGUCAUUUACACGGUCAACCUCUAUAGCAGUGUCUUAAUUUUGGCUUUUAUAAGUUUAGAUCGUUACCUGGCAAUAGUCCACGCUACCAACAGCCAGCGACCAAGAAAGCUUUUAGCUGAAAAGGUGGUGUAUGUAGGCGUAUGGCUACCAGCUGUGCUUUUGACAGUGCCUGAUAUAAUUUUUGCCAGUACUAGUGAAGUAGAAGGAAGGUACCUGUGUGAUCGCAUAUACCCUCAUGGAAACUGGCUGAUCUCUUUCAGAUUUCAGCAUAUCUUGGUAGGACUUGUCUUGCCUGGUCUAAUAAUCCUGACUUGUUACUGCAUUAUAAUUUCUAAGCUGUCACAUUCAAAAGGCCACCAGAAGCGCAAAGCCCUGAAGACUACGGUCAUUCUCAUUCUUGCCUUCUUUGCCUGCUGGCUGCCAUAUUAUAUCGGCAUCAGCAUAGACACAUUCCUCUUGCUAGGAGUCAUCAGACACCGCUGCAGCCUGGAGACAAUAGUGCAUAAAUGGAUCUCCAUUACAGAAGCCCUAGCAUUCUUCCAUUGUUGCCUGAAUCCAAUUCUUUAUGCCUUUCUGGGUGCCAAAUUCAAAACAUCAGCACAAAACGCCUUGACAUCAGUUAGCAGAGGAUCAAGCCUCAAGAUUCUUUCAAAAAGCAAACGUGGGGGACAUUCUUCUGUUUCUACAGAGUCAGAGUCUUCAAGUUUCCAUUCCAGCUAACAUUGCCCUUCGCAUCAUUUUAUAAAUAGACACUUUUGUUGUGCAAGACUUCAGAAAAAUGAGACUGACCACAAUGUACAGUUUUAUUUACAGUUGGAAUUUUAUAUUGUUUCUUUUAGUGUCUGUGAAGUUUAAUUGACUUAUUUAUAUAAAAAAUUUCGUAUUGAUGACAAACUGUCUAGGCAGGACCUGUGGACAAGUGAUUAGUUCACAAAAAUUGUAGUGCUUCUCUGGUUGUAUAGACAUGUGAACUAAACAAUCCUGGAUUGUAGCAAGUGAUUGUUAAAAGUUUAGAAAAUAUUUCUGUUUAUAUGUAAAUGUUUUCAGUGUUGCUGUUAAAAGUUCUUAAACUUUGUAGAUAUUUUUUUUCUUACUACAAGAUGUUCAGUUUACAAUAGUUUAACUCUGCUAUAGAAAUGGCACUUAUAACCAAAGCCUCCUCUGUUAUAUGCUAGUUUUUUUUUUCAGUGCUCAGUAAUUCAUGGUUUGCAAAAUUUUCUGCU